AUCCUGGGGGACUUCCAGACACGAAUCCCUGGAGCUGGAACACUGCAUCUGCGUGGCCAUUUCUCCAGUUGUUCCCAAAUCCCCCGUUUGGCUCCUUACCCCUUCUCUUUCCUGCUCCUCCCUUUCAUCCCACUCUUCUUCCCCCUGCUCUUCAUCCUCCUCUCCAUCCACCUGCACCUCCUCCAACAUGACGCUGGUAUCGCAGGGCCCCACUAUACCCCCCUCGGUGUGCGCCGUGUCGCAGUAGCCUGUGCCACUCACCACGUACAUGUUACUGCGGGCGGGGUGAGGGGCACGGGCCUGGCGCCUAAGACGGCACACCUGGCAGGCCAGGACCACAGUAGAGACCAGCAGACACAGGACCAGGACCCCGGCGCAGGCCACUACUAUGAGGCCCAUCUGGCGCUCAAUGAGGCAGCCCGGGGUGGCCUCCGUGGGGGAGCUGGAGGUGUCUGGGGAGGGGUAAUGGAGGGUUGUGCCGUUUUCCUCUGGGGUAGUGGAGUUUAGGUCAGGUGGAUCUAUGGCCACAGUGGUCUGAGGCUGAGUACUGCUGGUGUGUGAAGCUUGUCCAAUCAGAAGGAAGAAGAGAAGAUGGAGAGAGAUUCUGGAGCCUUCCAUGUUUCAGGUUCUCUGAAAUGGUACUAGAGGAAGAGAAUAGCUUUUAUUGUUCAUGCCAGCAAACAGUCUCUGUAUUGUGACUUUUUGUUAAUGUUUGAAUAUACACUAUCAGUCAAAAGUUUGGACACACCUACUCAUUCAAGGGUUUUUCUUAAAAAAAAAAAAAAUGUACAUUGUAGAAUAUUAGUGAAGACAUCAAAACUGUGAAAUAACACAUAUGGAAUCCUGUAGUAACCAAAUAAGUGUUAAACAAAUCGAAAUAUAUUUUAUAUUUGAGAUUCUUCAAAUAGCCACCCUUUGCCUUGAUGACAGCUUUGCACACUCUUGUCAUUCUCUCAACCAGCUUCAUGAGGUAGUCACCUGGAAUGCAUUUCAAUUAACAGGUGUGCCUUCUUAAAAAGUUAAUUUGUGGAAUUUCUUUCCUUAAUGCGUUUGAGCCAAUCAGUUGUGUUGUGACAAGGUAGGGGUGGUAUACAGAAGAUAUUUGUUAAAAAACCAAGUCCAUAUUAUGGCAAAAACGACAGUCCAUCAUUACUUUAAGACAUGAAGGUCAGUCAAUACGGAACAUGUCAAGACCUUUUGAAAGUUUCUUCAAGUGCAGUCGCAAAAGCCAACAAUUGCUAUGAUGAAACUGGCUCUCAUGAGGACCGCCACAGGAAUGGAAGACCCAGAGUUACCUCUGCUGCAGAGGAUAAGUUCAUCAACUGUUCAGAGGGGACUGUGUGAAUCAGGCCUUCAUGGUCGUAUUGCUGCAAAGAAACCACUACUAAAGGACACCAAUAAGAAGAAGAGACUUGCUUGGGCCAAGAAACACGAGCAAUGGACAUUAGACCGGUGGAAAUGUGUCCUUUGGUCUGGAAUCCAAAUUUGAGAUUUUUGGUUCCAACCGCCGUGUCUUUGUGAGACGCGGUGUGGGUGAACGGAUGAUCUCUGCAUGUGUAUUUCCCACUGUAAAGCAUGGAGGAGGAGGUGUUAUGGUGUGGGGGUGCUUAUCUGGUGACACUGUCUGUGAUUUAUUUAGAAUUCAAGGCACACUUAACCAGCAUGGCAACCACAGCAUUCUGCAGCGAUACGCCAUCCCAUCUGGUUUGGGCUUAGUGGGGCUAUCAUUUGUUUUUCAACAGGACAAUGACCCAACACACCUGCAGGCUGUGUAAGGGCUAUUGUACCAAGAAGGAGAGUGAUGGAGUGCUGCAUCAGAUGACCUGGCCUCCACAAUCCCCCGACCUCAACCCAAUUGAGAUGGUUUGGGAUGAGUCGGACGGCAGAGUGAAGGAAAAGCAGCCAACAAGUGCUCAGCAUAUGUGGGAACUCCUUCAAGACUGUUUGAAAAGCAUUCCAGGUGAAGCUGGUUGAGAGAAUGCCAAGAGUGUGCAAAGCUGUCAUCAAGGCAAAGGGUGGCUAUUUGAAGAAUCUCAAAUAUAAAAUAUAUUUUGAUUUGUUUAACACUUUUGGUUACUACAUGAUUCCAUAUGUUUUAUUUCAUAGUUUUGAUGUCUUCACUAUUAUUCUACAAUGUAAACAUUAAGAAAAACCCUUGAAUGAGUAGGUGUCCAAACUUUCGACUGGUACUGUAGUUAUAGAAAUUGUGUGAGUUACAUAUGCUAGGGGUCUGUGGAGUUAUUGCAGGGUGUUUUGUAAAGUUAUUUAUUUGUGGACACCCCCCCUCCCAAUGUUUUUAUGAAUAUCCCUACCAACAACAUUUUGAAUGACAUACCUACAGUAGAUAAUAGGAGAAUAUAUUAUUUCUAAUGAUGACAACUUUAUUUCUCAACUCAUAAUAUUGAGAAAAUUACACUCCUUGGAGCUUAUUACACUGUCUGACAUAGGCUUUGAAAAAGUACCGGUCACGGCAAGUGCUGCUGGUAAGCUUUCUUGUCUUCAACAUUUUUGCCAACACAUGGCUAACCUUUUGUUUAACCAGAUAAACAGUUGCUAUGUUAGUUUACACUUCCUCUUCCAAUGUGAGGUGGUUACAAUAAUGGAAAACUACAGUGCGGGAAUAAAGUAUUUGAUCUCCUGCUGAUUUUGUACGUUUGCCCACUGACAAAGACAUGAUCAGUCUAUAAUUUUAAUGGUAGGUUUAUUUGAACAGUGAGAGACAGAAUAACAACAACAAAGUUUAGAAAAACGCAUGUCAAAAAUGUUAUAAAUUGAUUUGCAUUUUAAUGAGAGAAAUAAGUAUUUAAUAACAAGUUAGUUCUAUGCAGUACCUUACAGGAACGUAUUACGUACAAUAAAUGUCAGAAUAAGGUAGACGUCUUUGUAAAAAUGUGUCCAAAUCUUCGUUUUCAUUGCAAUGUCCACUUAAAAUAAACAGAAUCUUACCACAGAAACACAUAUUAUUUGGCCAUUACUUUUUUUGUACAAUUUAUGUUGGAGAUUGUGUGGGCAUCACUUACCUGGGCAAGGGCACAGCCGUAGAGUGUGUGUGUGUGUGUGGCAAGGUGAACUGGACUAGGAAUAUGUCCGUAUAAGGAACGGGCGCGGCGUGUGUAUGUCUGAGUCAGAGGAGGCACCUGCUGCGACCCAAGCCUCUUGAAAUGCACACACCCCCCUCUGAGUCUUUUUCUGACUUGGUUAUUUCUGGGCUCCUUGAGUCUCUACUGCUGUAGCACACCGAUGUCUGUCACAUACUGCAAGAGAAAAGAGACAGAAGGGUGUAUGUAAAUUAGUAUAGGCCUACAAUUCAGUCGAAGACUGCCAGCUACCAGUAAAUGAUACUAAUAAUACUGCUAGCGAUGAACUAUUUCCAGGCCUGAGAAGCUGAAUUAUUUUUUAAUUUUUUAAUUUAACUGUUAUUUUGACAGGGUCAUGCUGAGACCAAGGUCUCUAUUUCAGCCCUGUAACAAAAAAGAAAUGGUGUACAGUACUACAAUAAAGAGCAUUCACAACAAGUUCAUGCACAAAUGAAGUGCUUUCAGAAUGGGAUGAAUUUCUGUUUUUAUCUGUAUGAAUCCACCUUGAGACUGUUCUAUCUAAACCAGAGACCAGAAAAUACCAGUGUUUUUGGAUUUAUUUAACCGGUAAAGUUAUUAAUUUUUAGAGGUAGACCUGGCUGGCUGAGAAGUGCACCUUCUACCUACUCCUCUUCCAUCAGACCUAUCCUCAAGUUCUCCUUCCCUUCUCUUUCCGCAGGUUUAAGACAGGCCAGAUCAACGGAGACCUUCUAAUCUACCAUGUGCUGCUGACCCUGAAGCCUUACUACGCCAAGCCCUACGAGAUCGUAGUGGACCUGACCCACGUGGGGCCCAGCAACCGCUUCAAGACAGACUUCUUGUCCAAGUGGUUUGUGGUGUUCCCGGGCUUCGCCUACGAGAACGUGGUGGCGGUCUACGUGUACAACUGCAACACGUGGGUGAGGGAGUACACCAAGUACCACGAGAGGUUGCUGACAGGCCUGAAGGGCAGCAAGCGGGUGCAGUUCAUCGACUCGCCGGCGCGGUUGGCGGAGCACGUAGAGGCAGAGCAGCAGAAGCUCCCGGCGGCCACGCUAGCCCUGGAGGAGGACCUCAAGGUGUUCCACAACGCCCUCAAAGUGGCCCACAAGGACACCAAGGUCUCCAUCAAGGUCAGUAGCACACUGGUCCGUGUGUAACCCUAGCGUUAACCCUAACUUUCAAACAGCCUACAAGGAAAACUGGGUAUGGAGAACAAGGAAGUGUGGAGGGCAGGCGGGAACAGCGAGAAUUGUUUACUCAAAGGUCCAAUGCAGCUGUUUUUUUCUCUCAAUAUCAAAUAAUUUCUGGGUAACAAUUAAGUACCUUACUGUGAUUGUUUUAAAUUAAAAUGGUCAAAAAGAGAGAGAAGAUAUGCUUCUUAGCAAAGGGCAGGUUCUCAAGCAAUAAUUUUGAUAGGACUGUCUGGGAGUGGUCUGAGUGGGGUGGAGAAAACUGAAAAUUAGCUGUUGUUGGCAGAGAGGUUUGGAACUAUCUUUCUUAUUGGUCUAUUAACUCAUUUACAGCAUGGUGAUGUCACCUUGGAAGGUCAAAACUCCAGAGCACCAAAACAGGCUGAAAUUUCUGGCAAUCUUUUCAAACAGCUCUUACACUAAAAGGGCUUCAUUGUCAUUUUCCCCAUUUUACAAUAUUUUUCCAACCUCAUAGUAUAGAAAUAUACAGUAUAUAAAACAGGAAAAUCACGUUUUUGACUUCUCUGGGCCUUAAUCAAUUUGAAUAGAUUUGUUUGUUGCCAAACGGGAAAGUGGAAGGUUGAAUUUAUUGGUUAUCGAGUCCAGCUUUGUGUAGCAGCAUGAGACUGCUGGUCUGUGUUGUCAUUGUUGUCAUGUACACACUUGUCUCUCAACAACAACCCUCCCUAUUAUCCCAGGUGGGCUCCACGGCCGUCCAGGUGACGUCAGCAGAGCGUACCCGUGUCCUGGGUCAGUCGGUGUUCCUCAACGAUGUGUACUAUGCCUCUGAGAUCGAGGAGAUCUGCCUGGUGGACGAGAGCCAGUUCACCCUGACCAUGGCCAACCAGGGCACGCCCCUCACCUUCAUGCACCAGGAGUGUGACGCCAUCGUCCAGUCCAUCAUCCACAUCAGGACGCGCUGGGAGCUGUCGCAGCCAGACUCCAUCCCCCAGCACACCAAGAUCAGGCCCAAAGACGUGCCGGGCACCCUGCUGAACCUCGCCCUGCUCAACCUGGGCAGCUCCGACCCCAGCCUCAGGUCAGACACUCAACAUAGCUAGCUUCUAGUGGAUUCUGGGAAAUGUAGGGGGGAGAGGUCUUGGUGUAGCGUGUUCUCUGAAAUAUGAGCAGUAGCUAAAUAAAUAUACAACAAUUUAUUUACAGCAACUUCUUCAACCAACUUCCUGAUUUGAAAUGGAAUAUAGUAGCUAACCGUGUCCCUUCCACAGGUCUGCUGCCUACAACCUGCUGUGUGCCUUAACCUGCACCUUCAACCUGAAGAUCGAGGGCCAGCUGCUGGAGACCUCAGGCCUGUGUAUCCCUGCCAAUAACACCCUCUUCAUAGUCUCUAUCAGCAAGACGCUGGCCGCCAAUGAACCACACCUCACCCUGGAGUUCCUGGAGGAGUGCAUCUCCGGCUUCAGCAAGUCUAGUGAGUCUACAGCACGAACGCACACAAACACACAUACGCACAAAUGUGUUGACUGAAAUUCAUUCCAAAAGAUGGCUUCUCACUCUCUCUUUUCUAACUCACACCCACUCGCCCACUCUUUGUUUUACAGACCCACACCGACACACUAACUUUCUCUCAAUACACAAACGCAGACACCAACUCAUACACACAGACAGGCACAACGAUCCACGUCAACAUGUCCUGACCAGUUGAUGUGAAAGCCAUUCGUUUUGGGGGGACUGUGUUUGAUUGCCAUAUCCAUCAGUUUGCAUUGAGCCAUGGCUCUGGAGCCCUUAGCUCUCAGUGCGGGUGUCAUGUCAUUCAUCCACACGCCAACCUCUGCUCCUCCACACAGCAGCAACAACAGAGGAGCUGGUGUUAUCUAACCUCUGAUUCUGUGUGUGUGUUUAGGUAUUGAGCUGAAGCACCUGUGUCUAGAAUACAUGACCCCCUGGCUGCUCAACCUGGUGAGGUUCUGUAAGCACAAUGACGAUGCCAAGCGCCAGCGCGUCAGCGCCAUCUUGGAUAAGCUCAUCACCAUGACCAUCAACGAGAAGCAGAUGUACCCCUCUAUACAGGCAAAGAUCUGGGGCAGCCUCGGCCAGGUGAGUCACCGCGCACACACACACACACACUCGCUCUCACACAUUCACAUAUGCAUACACACUAGUUGUUUGACUUUUACAUUUACAUUUUAGUCAAACACUCAUCUUAGAGGGCACAUGUUUACUUAAUGUACUGUUAAAUGUCUCCAAGCCCAAUACAAACUGCCCAUGUUGGCUUUCUCAGAGAUUUAGGCAUACAGAGAUGGGAGGCAGUCAUGUGGAAGUUAGGGACAUAUUGCAUUUUUAUAGGCACAAGGAAUGGUUUAUGACUCCAACAUGCCGAAUCAUAGCCUGUGUUUUUCAAUAUAAACUUUUUUGAGUUUUUUUUUUAUUGAGGCUAUCGAAAUGACAAUACUCUGGGGUUUGAAGUGUUCUUCCUAAAUAGCAUUAGCUAUCUAUGUUGUUAAAGUUCCAUGGCUUGUCUCAGAUGACUGCACUAUAGACAUGUGAAUAUAGCUUUUUCCAUAGAUAAUAAACGACACAUUCUAAACUCAUGGUAGAAUUUCUGUCAUAUUUUUAAUACCCAACCCAUUCCUUUUAUAUCCAUUCGGGGUGGUGAAUACAUUUACAUUUUAGUCAUUUAGCAGACGCUCUUAUCCAGAGCGACUUACAUCAGCAAUUAGGGUUAAGUGCCUUGCUUAAGGGCACAUCGACAGAUUUUUCACCUAGUCGGCUCGGGGAUUAGAACCAGCGACCUUUCGGUUACUGGCACAACGCUCUUACCCACUAAGCUACCUGCCGCCCUGAACAAGUGCACUCUUUGGGGAGAAGGGCAGUUCCGUGUUUCUGACCUUGUGACCUGUCAAUUCUACACAAUGUAUUUAUUUCUGAACAGUCCCUAACAUUUAGCCCCACUGAAUGCAACCCAGGUUGUAUGUGACCUGGUGUUCUUGUGACCUCUGCCCUCAGAUAACGGACCUGCUGGACGUGGUGUUGGACAGCUUCAUCAAGACCAGCGCUACAGGAGGCCUGGGCUCCAUCAAGGCUGAGGUCAUGGCUGACACGGCUGUGGCUCUGGCCUCAGGGAACGUCAAACUGGUCUCCAGCAAGGUGGGUAUCUACACUUUGAGCUAGUUUAUGCAGGCUAACACAUGCUAACUGGGCCAACAGUUUUCAAUGGCAAAAUUGCUAACAGUUUCCUGUCAGUUUCCUGUCAGUCUAGAUGCACUGGGAACACUCCUCUUUGUCUCUGUCUCAUGCUAAUACUCCUCUGUGUCAAGCCCUGUGUCCCAACAUGGAUGACGUCACUGUCCUUGUCCUCAAUGAACCCUCUGGUCGGAGACCGUUUUCCUCUCAGAAACUCCACGAUGUCACUAACUCAAUCACGGCCUAACAAUCGCAAGAGGGAUUUUAUAAAUCAUAAUUUUGGAUUAAGCAAAUAAAUAUUUUGGUAUUAUCAAUAUUAUGAUGCAGACAGUUUUACUAUGAUACGAAGAUAGACUCAUCGAAAUACUUUGUCCCAGACAAAAUAUAUUAAAUACUGUUUUUAAUCUAAAAAGUCCUCCAUACAAAGAACAUUUGCAUUUAAAUAGAUUAAUACUUACCAAUUUAGUUUAGUUACGACUUCUAUCCACAUCAUCCAAACUGACCGACUCAUCAACUCUGUCAUCUGUGAGCUGUUUAUCCCAAUUGUCCCUCUUACUGAGAUAGAAACACACACACACAAACUCUCACAGCCCAGGCAGACAAUAGUAAGCCAGGCCCUCGCUCCUAUUAUGGAAGACACUCUAAAGCAUGGCAGUGAAUGGUCGUCAUUGUGAAGAUGUUUUGCUAAGGAACAGCAGUGCUCUUUUAGUUGAAGUGUCGCAGCAGCCAUCUUAGUCAUUUACAUCUAUUUAAGUGACUAAUCAAUGACUUUAAGCUUCACAUUUGAUUCAUAAUUUGCAGUGUGUUCUGAUAUAGUAAUCUUAUUGUACACUUAAUCCAUAAGAGGGUGGACAUUGUUUGGUUGGCAUGUGCCAGCCCAGCCACUACUGAUGUCAUGUCAGGCCAGCUAUUUGGGACAAAGGGGACUUUGUCUGGUCCACUUGGCCUAUUUGUCACCCGAGUUUUGAGCCAAUGGUGUUUUAUUUACAGAUAUAAUCACUGCCAUCUUCUCUCUGCCUCCUAUUACGCCAACAUCCAAAAAUACAUCUGAAGUUCUUUUAGGGAUACUGCUCGCUUUUAAAAUAAAAUACAAACAAAAGAUGCUGCUCUUGGCAGAUAUUAAUUCUGUUGAUGUUAAAGUCAUCAUUAAGUACAAAAUUGUCUGUAAGCACAAACUAUAUGAUGUCAUAUCACUGACUCUACCUUAUAAUACCUCAUAAUGAUUGGUUAUCUCCACAUACCCUCUGACCAGGUGAUUGGCCGGAUGUGUAAGAUCAUCGACAAGACGUGCCUGUCUCCCACGCCCACCCUGGAGCAGCACCUGAUGUGGGAUGACAUCGCCAUCCUGGCCCGCUACAUGCUGAUGCUGUCCUUCAACAACUCUCUGGACGUAGCGGCUCACCUGCCGUACCUGUUCCACGUGGUCACUCUGCUGGUGGCCACUGGCCCCCUGUCCCUACGGGCCUCCACACACGGCCUGGUCAUCAACAUAAUCCACUCUCUCUGCACCUGCUCGCAGCUCAACUUCAGAGGUGAGGAAGCACACCUCAUCUUCCCUGCAGACUCUAUACCAUCUGUAGUUAAACGGCAUACCCUUCCCUGGUCAUUAAUGUGUAUGGAUGCCACUAGGCUCCCUUGCAAGUAAGAUAUCAUUGAGAGACCUAAUGUAAACACUGCAUGCAGUGAACCAUGAAACUGCUUCAAUAGAGGUAGAUGUCUGUUAUUUCUGUUCGUUUAGACCUGUUUGCUGUAGAUAUCACCGUUCAGGGUUUCUCUUUCAGAAGAGCAACAAGUCAUCUUUUCCUCUUGUCAUGAUCUCUUACAGAGGAGACCAAGCAGGUCCUGAGGCUGAGCCUGACAGAGUUCUCCCUGCCUAAGUUCUACCUGCUGUUUGGCAUCAGUAAGGUCAAGUCUGCUGCGGUCAUCGCCUUCCGCUCCAGCUACCGCGACCGCUCCUUCUCCCCCGGCUCCUACGAGAGGGAGACCUUCGCCCUCUCCUCCCUGGAGACCGUCACUGAGGCCCUGCUGGAGAUCAUGGAGGUGAGGGAGACGCGCGCACACACACACACACACACAUUACUUUAUAUAUUAUACCAUAUACCGUCCAGACUACAAGCAAAAUCCCAAUGUUUGACUGAAUAUGUCCUCUCCUGUAGGCGUGCAUGAGGGACAUCCCAGCGUGCAAAUGGCUGGACCAGUGGACCGAGCUGGCUCAGAAGUAUGUUAGAUUUCCUUUGAGACACAUUCACUUUGACCACUAUCAAUGAAGUGCAUUCGGAAAGUAUUCAGACCCCUUCACUUUUUCCACAUUUUGUUACGUUACAGCCUUAUUCUAAAAUGGAUUUAAAAAAAGUAUUAAUCUACACACAAUACCCCAUAAUGACAAAGCAAAGACAGGUUUUUAGAAAUGUGUGCAAAUGUAUAAAAAAAUUAAAAAAUUUAAUAUCACAUUUACGUACGUAAUCAGACCCUUUACUCAGUACUUUGUUGAAGCACAUUUGGCAGCGAUUACAGCCUCAUCUUCUUGGGUAUGACGCUAUAAGCUUGGCACACCUGUAUUUGUGGAGUUUCUCCCAUUCUUCUCUGCAGAUCCUCUCAAGCUCUGUCAGGCUGGAUGGGGAGCGUUGCUGCACAGCUAUUUUCAGGUCUCUCCAGAGAUGUUUGAUCGGGUUCAAGUCCGGGCUCUGGCUGAGCCACUCAAGGACAUUCAGAGACUUGUCCCGAAGCCACUCCUGCGUUUUCUUGGCUGUGUGCUUAGGGUUGUUGUCCUGUUGGAAGGUGAACUUUCGCCCCAGUCUGAGAUCCUGAGCACUCUGGAGCAGGUUUUCAUCAAGGAUCACUCUGUACUUUGCUCCAUUCAUCUUUCCCUCGAUCCCGACUAGUCUCCCAGUCCCUGCCGCUGAAAAACAUCCCCACAGCAUGAUGCUGCCGCCACCAUGCUUCACCGUAGGGAUGGUAUUGGCCAGGUGAUGAGCGGUGCCUGGUUUCCUCCAGAUGUGACGCUUGUCAUUCAGGCCACAGAGUUCAAUCUUGGUUUCAUCAGACCAGAGAAUCUUGUUUCUCAUGGUCUGAGAGUCCUUUAGGUGCCUUUUGGCAAACUCCAAGCGGGCUGUCAUGUGCCUUUUACUGACAAGUGACUUCCGUCUGGCCACUCUACCAUAAAGGCCUGAUUGGUGGAGUUCUGCAGAGAUGGUUGUCCUUCUGGAAGGUUCUCCCAUCUCCACAGAGGAACUCUGGAGCUUUGUCAGUGACCAUCGGGUUCUUGGUCACCUCCCUGACCAAGGCCCUUUUCCCCCGUUUGCUCAGUUUGGCCAGCUCUAGGAAGAGUCUUGGUGGUUCCAAACUUAUUAAAUUUAAGAAUGAUGGAGGCUACUGUGGGGACCUUCAAUUCUGCAGAAUAUUUUUGGUACCCUUCCCCAGAUCUGUGCCUCGACACAAUUCUGUCUCGGAGCUCUAUGGACAAUUCCUUUGACAUGGCAUGGUUUUUUCUCUGACAUUCAAUGUCAACUGUGGGACCUUAUAUAGACAGGUGUGUGCCUUUCUAAAUCAUGUCCAAUCAAUUGAAUUUACCACAGGUGGACUCAAAUCAAGUUUUAGAAACAUCUCAAGGAUGAUAAAUGGAAACAGGAUGCACCUGAGCUCACUUUCGAGUCUCAUAGCAAAGGGUCUAAAUACUUAUGUAAGUAAUGUAUUUCUGUUUUUUAUUUUUAAUACAUUUGCAAACAUUUCUAAAAAACUGUUUUCGCUUUGUCAUUAUGGGUUAUUGUGUGUAGGGGCGGCAGGUAGCUUAGUGGUUAAGAGCGUUGUGCCAGUAACCGAAAGGUCGCUGGUUCUAAUCCCCGAGUCGACUAGGUGAAAAAUCUGUCGAUGUGCCCUUGAGCAAGGCACUUAACCCUACUUGCUCCUGUAAGUCGCUCUGGAUAAGAGCGUCUGCUAAAUGACUAAAAUGUCAAUGUAAAUGUAGAUUGAUGAGGAUUUUUUUGGGUUGAAUCCGUUUUAGAAUAAGCCUGUAACGUAACAAUGUGGAAAAAGUGAAGGGGUCUGAAUACUUUCUGAAUGCACUGUAUACACACGCUACUGUGCACAUCUCCAAUGCCACUUAUGUCCUCCACCAGGUUUGCGUUCCAGUACAACCCGUCCCUGCAGCCCAGAGCCCUGGUGGUGUUUGGCUGCAUCAGUAAGAGGGUGACCCACGGCCAGAUCAAACAGAUCAUCAGGAUUCUUAGCAAGGCCAGCCCCCUGCUCAGCAUUGACCGGGUGGGUCGACAUGCACACACACACACACACACACACAUAGAAAUGCACACAGGCUGUUGGAGCGCUGAGUUUGAAUGAGCAUCUCAAUCUUCCAGAAUUAACACACACACAAACAUUGAGGGGUGGUGUUGAGUGUAUUUUACCUUUCCUUAGCUCAGUCUGCCAAUUUUAGUCUGGCUCAGUCUGUCCAGGCUGGGCUGCCUGUGGGCUCUAUCUGCAUUAUGCAGAGAGCUAAGUGUUUGUGAGUGCACCAACUCACUAAUCCAAUGGAGUCUAAUCCUCUAGCUAACAUUAUGAAUACUAUGAUGCACUCUCUCCCUCUUCAUCUCUCCCCCGCUACACACUAUCUCUCUCCCGCUACACACUAUCUCUUUCCCUCUUCAUCUCUCCCCCGCUACACACUAUCUCUCUCCCUCUUCAUCUCCCCCGCUACACACUAUCUCUCUCCCUCUUCAUCUCUCCCCCGCUACACACUAUCUCUCUCCCUCUUCAUCUCUCCCCCGCUACACACUAUCUCUCUCCCUCUUCAUCUCUCCCCCGCUACACGCUAUCUCUCUCCCUCUUCAUCUCUCCCCCGCUACACGCUAUCUCUCUCCCUCUUCAUCUCUCCCCCGCUACACACUAUCUCUCUCCCUCUUCAUCUCUCCCCCGCUACACACUAUCUCUCUCCCUCUUCAUCUCUCCCCCGCUACACACUAUCUCUCUCCCUCUUCAUCUCUCCCCCGCUACACACUAUCUCUCUCCCUCUUCAUCUCUCCCCCGCUACACACUAUCUCUCUCCCUCUCGCUUUAUUUCCUCUCUCUUUCUCUCUUUCAUUUGUUCUUUCUUUCUUUUCUUUCUUUCCUGUAUCUCUCUCACCCCACCCCCUCUCUCUUUCACUCCAGUGUUCAUGCUCUACUAAUGCCUCCUCUCCUUCUUCUCUGCCUCCACAGGGGCUUGGAGUGCUGCUUAAAGGGACCUGAUAACUACAACAGCCAGGUGCUGAUUGAGGCCACAGUCAUCGCUCUGACUAAGCUGCAGCCCCUUCUCAACAAGGUACACAAACUGCAAACACAGAACACAUGCAAUACAUAAUGUGAUCGUCUGCAGUCCACUGCUUGUCAAAUUAAAGUUUAUUGGUUAUGUACACAUAUUUGCAGAUGUUAUCACAGGUGCAGCAAAAUGCUUGUGUUCUACUUAAGCAAUAAGGCCCGAGGGGGUGUGGUAUAUGGACAAUAUACCACUGCUAAGGGCUGUUCAUAAGCACGACGCAACGCGGAGUGCCUGGAUACAGCCCUUAGCAGUGGUAUAUUAGCCAUAUACCACAAACCCCCAAGGUGCCUUAUUGCUAUUAUAAACUGGUUACCAAUGUAAUUAGAGCACUGUUUAGUCAUACCUGUGGUAUACGGUCUGAUAUACUAUGGCUGUCAGCCAAUCAGCAUUCAGGGCUCGAACCACCCUGUUUAUAAUAUUCGAUAAAGAAGCCAGCUGUAAGUUGUUGGUUCGUGAUUUUUAAUAACAAUUUGGAAUCAUAGAGAAAGGCUAGAUUUCUUCUUUGUUGUCUUAAUGUGCUUGAUGCUGUUCCCGUAUAUAAUGUGUGUAACCUCAUGGUUAUACCCUGUGAACAUCCAGGACUCCCCCAUGCACACGGCAGUGUUCUGGGUGGCUGUAGCUGUGCUGCAGCUGGAUGAAGUCAACCUGUACUCUGCUGGGACGGCCCUGCUAGAGCAGAACCUACACACUCUGGACAGCCUGCGAGUCUUCAACGACAAGGUGACAGACAGAAAGACACACACAGACGCUCACUUUCAGUUCAAUUACAAAAAUGAAUGAAACAUUCACAUAUUGACACUAUUUAUAUGCUGAAUAUGUGUAAAGUAGCCGCUAAAUGACCAUAUUUAUUUGUUUCUACAUUUCUCCUCCUCCUCCCUCUCCCCCCCAUCCUCCAAUCAAGAGUCCAGAGGAGGUGUUUAUGGAGAUCAGGCGUCCUCUGGAGUGGCAUUGUAAACAGAUGGACCACUUUGUGGGCCUCAACUUCAGCUCCAACUUCAACUUCGCACUGGUGGGACACCUGCUCAAAGGUAAGGGAGAGAGCACAGGGCACUUGACUGCAUCUCGGCCCUAGCAACUCCCCUUCCUGUGACAGUACUGCAUAUCAUAUAAACUGUGGCUUCUCUGUCAAUAUCGCUUAAGUAAACAUUCAGAAAAUGUUUGGGUCUAAUCUACCUAGAUAAAGGAUAUACGAAAGACAUUGGCCUGACUUGCCGAGCCACUGAUGAAAAUCUGUCUUCCCCACUCAGUCGGAGACUCAAACAGGCUCUAUUGACAAUGUGUCCUUGUCCUGCAGUGACAAAGAGCUUGGCAGCAAUUGUUGGUGUUUCCACUUGUCUCUGUAGUCUGUACUUGUCACUAGCUGCAUUUAAUGUUGUGUAGUCUGUAGGCCUUAAUGUGUUCUAAUGUUAACUGUGUUGAAUGAAUGUGGCCAUGCUAAAAUCUACCAAGCUAUCAGUGGAGUGGUGUAUGGCUAUGACUAACGUGAGACUCUGUUUCCCUUCUCCUUUGUGCGUGUGUGUGUGUGUGCGUGCGUGCGUGUGUGUGUGUGUCUAUGUGAAGGCUACAGACACCCGUCCCCCACCACGGUGGCUCGGACGGUGCGUAUCCUCCACACGCUGCUGGCCCUGGUGGGAAAACACCUCAACUGUGAUAAGUUUGAGGUCAACACCCAAAGCGUGGCCUACCUGGCAGGUCAGUUCCAGUCACAGUCCUACACACUGACUCCAUUCACCCACACUUUGUGUUGACUCACCAGACCUCCAUUUUUUGUCAACUCACUGGACCUGCAAUGUGCUUUUUGGAUAGCGAGCAGUGCGUUGCUUUAGAAACAUGAUUUGUAAAACAGAUCUGAUGGUCUGUCUUGUAGUGCCCCCCAUUGUUGGAAAAUUCCUUGGUGCCGCUAGGGCAGUUUAGGACUCUGGUGUUAAAUUAAUUAAUUGAGGAUUGCAGUUGUUUCCAUUGAUGUAAUGGUUUAUUUGUUGAAAGUGUAGUAUUGUAAUUGUACCUUGUAGUUUAUUUGUAUUUUUUUUGUUUUAUUUGGAAUGUUCAUUUUAAAAUGUUUGUACUCAGGGCACCAUUGUGAAUGAGACGCUGGUGUCAAUUGGGCCACCCUGAAUACAUAAAAGUACAAAUAAAAUAAAUAACAAAAAACAUGUCGAAUAAGGAAUUGUCGCCUCUAUUCAUUAAUGUUUCUGCAAUGAUGGGAACAUUUCACCCUGCUCUGGUGUGUGUCUGUGUGCAGCCCUGCUCACCGUGUCAGAGGAGGUGCGUAGUCGCUGCAGUCUAAAACACAGGAAGUCUCUGCUGCUGUCUGAGAUGGCCAUGGAGAACGUUCCCAUGGAUACCUACUCUCUGCACCACACUGACCCCAGCUGCAGGUGAGGCGCACUCUACAUCAUACAUUUUGAACCGGAAUAGGUUUCAACUUUAGCUAAAGACAAAUCCCAUUUUCCUUUAUCCAAAGUUGCAUCAGUCAUUUUCUGUAAUACCUGUUGUUGGUAAAUAUCUUUACCAUCAAGCUUGAAGAGUUAUUUCCUUACCUGUGGCCCCCAUCUCCUCCCUUCAGGACACUGAGAGAGUGCCAGCUGUGGGCAUCCCCAAAGGUGUCAGAGCGCUAUCUGAAUGCCUACUACCCCACGGUGGGGCAGAUCAGCCCCCGUACACGCAAGUCCAUGAGCCUGGACAUGGGCCAGGCCUCCCAUGCCAACACCAAGAAGCUGCUGGGUAACUAUAACAUUGCUGCUAAACUACACUGCUAAUGUUGUCUAAGUGUUCCGCUUAGCAUUGUUUUUAUACUGCUGCGCCAGGCAGCAUUGACUACAGUGUCAGUUGCGUCUCAUGUCCGGCAAGAAAUACACAGCUGAUGUAAGAGUACUGUAAGAUGGACAUCUCAUGUCACCACCUUAUCCCCUAGACCCUCUCCUCACCCUCUUCAAUCAUUAGCUCUACACUGUCUGUCUGUGGUGUAUUUCUCCAGGCACCAGGAAGAGUUUUGAUCACCUGAUAUCUGACUCCAAAGCACCAAAGAGACCAGAGAUGGAAUCUGGCGUCACCACCCCGCCUAAGGUGAGGUGCGUGGUGGAGAACGACUAUGAGAUAGACAGCCAAAGAAUGGGCCACUCCCACCUCCGCAAGGUGUCUGUGACAGAGUCCAACGUUCUAUUGGACGAGGAGGUGCUGACCGACCCCAAAGUCCAGGCCCUGCUGCUCACUGUCCUGGUGAGAGGAUGAACACACACACAAACUCACACCUGGCAAAAUAGGAUAAACUUAUAAAGCGGGUCAUAAUAUAAUCAAAACAUAUGUAACAUACGCACUGGACAUACAGUACAUGUAGCACAUACUUGGUGGACCACUAGUUACUGCUAGGGUCCAAUUAGUCAUCAUGAAUGGAAUGCACAUCGGGAGGCAGCAACAAACAGUGCAUUCGGAAAAUACCCCUUGGCUUUUUCCACAUUUUGUUAUGUUACAGCCUUAUUCUAAAAUGGAUUAAAUAGUUUUUUCCCCCCUCAUCAAUCAACAAAAUGUGGAAAAGGUCAAGGGGUCUGAAUACUUUCCGAAUGCACUGUAGCAUACAGCUUUCUACUGUAUAUAACUGGUUCAGUCUGUAAAUGUAUGCUCUCUGUUUAUGUGUCCAAGGCCACCCAGGUCAAGUACACCACAGACGACUUUGACCAGAGGAUCCUGUACGAGUAUCUAGCUGAAGCUAGCGUCGUCUUCCCAAAGGUCUUUCCCGUCGUGUAAGUAAACAUGCCCGAAAAUACCAAAUACAUAGCCUAAGGGCCUGCUUUUCCAUAAGCAAAUCUAGAGACUGGAGAAAACCUGGGGAAAUUAUUUGAGUGCUUGAAAGCUGUUUUGGCCCAAGAUGGUUGUUUUUUGGGGGGGAGGGAAGACCAAUAGGUUUUUUGGAGGGAGGGAAGUCCCAAUGAUCUUCUGAGGAGAAGAGGCCUGUCCUGCUCCAAAUGGAUCAUGGGAGUUGUAGUGUGGUUUACCUGGCUAUAUAGAUGUACUUUCAAUGUGGGCGGCUGUUUGUAGUUAUAGUUGAAGUAGCUGUAUACAAGCAAAAAUUUCACGGGUUCAAAAUAUAGAUUAACUUGAGAACUAUCUCGUAUGAGGGCUAGUUAUUCACCAGUGUGUUUGAGUCCUGUCAUGAUAUAUGUUGACAGGGCCACUGGGAAAGUGUGUUGCGUCUGUAAUGAUUAUGGAGCCUACCUACCAAGCUGAUGUUUAUCUUUGUGUGUCCUCCUCUCCUCAGCCACAACCUUCUGGACUCUAAGAUCAACACGCUGCUGUCUAUGUGCCAGGAUACCAACCUGCUGAACCCAGUGCAUGGCAUUGUUCAAAGUGUGGUCUACCAUGAAGAGUCUCCUCCACAAUACCAACCCUCCUAUCUACAGAGUAUGUACAGUAAUCUACAGGCCUGCUCUACCCAUCUCUCUCCUCUCUCUCUGUCUCUCAGUUCCCAUCUCCUCUACCUCAUCUCCCAUCAUCCAUCUCUCUCUGCCCUCUACCUUUCUCUCUUUCUUUCUCUCUCUCUCUCUCUCUCUCGCUCUCUCUCUCUCUCUCUCUCUCUCUGUCUGUCUCUGUCCCCAUCUCCUUCGCUACCUCUCUCAUUCUUCAUCUCUCUCUCUCUCUCUCUCUCUCUGUCUCGCUCUGUCUGUCUCAGUCCCUAUCUCCUCCUCUACAUCUCAUCUCCCAUCCUUCAUCUCUCUCUGCCCCCUCCCUUUCUAUCUCGCCCUCUCCCCUGAAUGUUAUGGAGUGUUUUCUUCUUUAGCAGUAUAACUUUGCCAAUGAUACCUUUCUCCCUCCAUUACUUUCUCUCUCUCUCUCUCUCUCUCUCUCUCUCGCUCUCGCUCUCUCUCUCUCACACACACACAUAGGCUUCGGCUUCAACGGACUUUGGAGGUUUGCCGGACCCUUCUCAAAGGUAUGAUUCAUUGCCCUCAUAUUUUCCUUUCAUUCUCCCCAAGGCAGUGCGGCCGUGCUGGAAGAAUUCAGCCCCGGUAAGCAAUUACAGCCUUGCCAGGGAGCCGGCCGAUUGCCCCAAGAUUUAUUGGACAUCCUUCUCUUUCUCUCUCUCUCUCUCUCUCUCUCUCUCUCUCUCUUUCUCUCUCUCUCUCUCAGAAAAUGAUGUCAUGCUUUAGAAGCUUCUGAUAGGCUAAUUUACAUAAUUUGAGUCAAUUGGAGGUGUACCUGUGGAUAUAUUUCAAGGCCUACCUUCAAACUCAGUGCCUCUUUGCUUGACAUCAUGGGAAAAUCAACAGAAAUCAGCCAAGACCUCAGAAAAAAAAUGGUAGACCUCCACAAAUCUGGUUCAUCCUUGGGAGCAAUUUCCAAACGCCUGAAGUUACCACGUUCAUCUGUACAAACAAUAGUACGCAAGUAUAAACACCAUGGGACCACGCAGCCGUCAUACCGCUCAGGAAGGAGACGCGUUCUGUCUCCUAGAGAUGAACAUACUUUGGUGCGAAAAGUGCAAAUCAAUCCCAGAACAACAGCAAAGGACCUUGUGAAGAUGCUGGAGGAAACCGGUACAAAAGUAUCUAUAUCCACAGUAAAACGAGUCCUAAAUCGACAUAACCUGAAAGGCCGCUCAGCAAGGAAGAAGCCACUGCUCCAAAACCGCCAUAAAAAAGCCAGACUACGGUUUGCAACUGCACAUGGGGACAAAGAUCGUACUUUUUGGAGAAAUGUCCUCUGGUCUGAUGAAACAAAAAUAGAACUGUUUGGCCAUAAUGACCAUCGUUAUGUUUGGAGGAAAAAGGGGGUCGCUGUUUUUUAAAUUAUAUGAGAAAAAACUAUUCAAUUUUAUUUGGAACGGCAAGCCAGACAAAAUUAAAAGGGCAUAUUUAUAUGAUGAAUAUGAAUUCGGAGGACAGAAAUUAUUAAAUAUUAAAGCAUUAGACCUAUCACUAAAAGCUUCAGUCCUACAAAAGUUAUACUUAAAUCCGAACUGGUUCUCAAGCAAAUUAGUAAGAUUGUCUCACCCAAUGUUCAAGACAUGCCCUUUUCCCUUUAUUCAGAUUAUAACAGCUCAUUUGCAGUUAUUUGAAAAGGAAAUCAUCUCCCAAAUAUCACUAUUUCUAAAACAAGCCAUAGAAAGUUGGUUGCAAUUUCAAUUUAAUCCUCCAGAAACGACAGAACAAAUAAUGCAACAAAUAUUGUGGUUGAAUUCAAAUAUACUAAUUGACAAAAAACAUUUAUUUUUUGACAGAAUGUUUAAAAAAGGUAUAAUCUUCGUAAAUGAUAUCAUCGGUAGGACUGGUGGAGUUAUGUCGCACAUGCAGCUAACAAAAACAUAUGGAUGUCUGCUCUACCCAAAAUUACAACCAAAUAAUUGCAGCCUUACCGCAAAAGUGGAAGAGGAAAGUGGAAGGGGGAGAAAGUAAGGAACUUGUCUGUCGGCCUUGCAUUAAAGAACAUAAUUUGGUUAAGGGGAAACUGUGAUAAAUAAAAAAGUAUAUCAGUUUCACUUAAGGAACAAAGGAUUGACAGCCGUCCCAUAUAGAUUGCAAAAUAGUUGGGAAGAGGUCUUUGACGUACCGAUCCCAUGGCAUAGUGUUUAUGAACUGACACGCAAAACGACACCGGAUUCAAAAAUUUGAAUCUUUCAAUUUCAAUUAUUAUAUAAAAUUCUUGCUACCAAUAGAAUGUUAUUUAUAUGGGGGAUACAAUCUUCCCAGCUCUGCAGAUUUUGCUGUGAAGAGACAGAAUCAUUAGAUCAUUUGUUUUGGUUCUGUCCAUUUGUAGCUUGUUUUUGGACACAGGUCCAGGAAUGGCUAAAGGAUUGCAAUAUUUACCUGGAGCUAACCUUGCAGAUAGCAUUACUGGGUGAUCUGAAAAGUCAUAGUCAAUCGAUCAAUAAUAUAAUAAUACUUUUAGCAAAAAUGUUUAUUUUUAAUUCACAAUCUGUAGAAGCAAUGAGAAUAGAAAGGUUCAGAACUUUUGCAAAACAUCACAGUACGGUUGAAAUAUAUAUGGCAAAUAGAAAUCCUAUAUGGAUGGUGUUAAGAGAUACAGUGCGGAAAAAAAGUAUUUAGUCAGCCACCAAUUGUGCAAGUUCCCCCACUUAAAAAGAUGAGAGAGGCCUGUAAUUUUCAUCAUAGGUACACGUCAACUAUGACAGACAAAUUGAGAAAAAAAAAUCCCUACGCCGCCAGGGACUCAAAUCCUGCAGUGCCAGACGUGUCCCCCUGCUUAAGCCAGUACAUGUCCAGGCCUGUCUGAAGUUUGCUAGAGUGCAUUUGGAUGAUCCAGAAGAGGAUUGGGAGAAUGUCAUAUGGUCAGAUGAAACCAAAAUAUAACUUUUUGGUAAAAACUCAACUCGUCGUGUUUGGAGGACAAAGAAUGCUGAGUUGCAUCCAAAGAACACCAUACCUACUGUGAAGCAUGGGGGUUGGAAACAUCAUGCUUUGGGGCUGUUUUUCUGCAAAGGGACCAGGACGACUGAUCCGUGUAAAGGAAAGAAUGAAUGGGGCCAUGUAUCGUGAGAUUUUGAGUGAAAACCUCCUUCCAUCAGCAAGGGCAUUGAAGAUGAAACGUGGCUGGGUCUUUCAGCAUGACAAUGAUCCCAAACACACCGCCCGGGCAACGAAGGAGUGGCUUCGUAAGAAGCAUUUCAAGGUCCUGGAGUGGCCUAGCCAGUCUCCAGAUCUCAACCCCAUAGAAAAUCUUUGGAGGGAGUUGAAAGUCCGUGUUGCCCAGCGACAGCCCCAAAACAUCACUGCUCUAGAGGAGAUCUGCAUGGAGGAAUGGGCCAAAAUACCAGCAACAGUGUGUGAAAACCUUGUGAAGACUUACAGAAAACGUUUGACCUGUGUCAUUGCCAACAAAGGGUAUAUAACAAAGUAUUGAGAAACUUUAGUUAUUGACCAAAUACUUAUUUUCCACCAUAAUUUGCAAAUAAAUUCAUUAAAAAUCCUACAAUGUGAUUUUCUGGAUUUUUUUCCCCUCAUUUUGUCUGUCAUAGUUGACGUGUACCUAUGAUGAAAACUACAGGGCUCUCUCAUCUUUUUAAGUGGGAGAACUUGCACAAUUGGUGGCUGACUAAAUACUUUUUUCCCCCACUGUAGAUGGGAGGUAUUGAAUAGAGUUGAAGGAUGGGGCUAAUAACAAAUAACAACAAAUAAUAACAAAGAUAGCUAAUAAUGUAAGCAUACUGUGUCCAUAAUAAGUAUAUAGGUUGUAUGUUGGGAGCUUUUGGGAAAGAGCACAGUUAGAAAGAUAUGGCAUAUAGAAGCAAAUUGGAUGGACAUCAUGAAAAUGAUCGGAGAGGUUGAGAGUAGAAGAAGUUCAGGAGCAAAAAUAAAUAAAUUAUAUACAGUGUGGGGAAAAAAGUAUGGUAUGGUAGGCUUUGUUACUUUGGUCCCAGCUCUCUGCAGGUCAUUCACUAGGUCCCCCCGUGUGGUUCUGGGAUUUUUGCUCACCGUUCUUGUGAUAAUUUUGACCCCACGGGGAGAGAUCUUGCGUGGAGCCCCAGAUCGAGGGAGAUUAUCAGUGGUCUUGUAUGUCUUCCAUUUCCUAAUAAUUGCUCCCACAGUUGAUUUCUUCAAACCAAGCUGCUUACCUAUUGCAGAUUCAGUCUUCCCAGCCUGGUGCAGGUCUACAAUUUUGUUUCUGGUGUCCUUUGACAGCUCUUUGGUCUUGGCCAUAGUGGAGUUUGGAGUGUGACUGUUUGAGGUUGUGGACAGGUGUCUUUUAUACUGAUAACAAGUUCAAACAGGUGCCAUUAAUACAGGUAACGAGUUUUAAUGGUAGGUUUAUUUGAACAGUGAGAGACAGAAUAACAACUAAAUAAAUCCAGAAGAACACAUGUCAAAAAUGUUAUAAAUUGAUUUGCAUUUUAAUGAGGGAAAUAAGUAUUUGACCCCUCUACAAAACAUGACUUAGUACUUGGUGGCAAAACCCUUGUUGGCAAUCACAGAGGUCAGACGUUUCUUGUAGUUGGCCACCAGGUUUGCACACAUCUCAGGAGGGAUUAUGUCCCACUCCUCUUUGCAGAUCUUCUCCAAGUCAUUAAGUUUUCGAGGCUGACGUUUGGCAACUCGAACCUUCAGCUCCCUCCACAGAUUUUCUAUGGGAUUAAGGUCUGGAGACUGGCUAGGCCACUCCAGGACCUUAGUGUGCUUCUUCUUGAGCCACUCCUUUGUUGCCUUGGCCGUGUGUUUUGGGUCAUUGUCAUGCUGGAAUACCCAUCCACGACCCAUUUUCAUUGCCCUGGCUGAGGGAAGGAGGUUCUCAACCAAGAUUUGACGGUACGUGGCCCCGUCCAUCGUCCCUUUGAUGCGGUGAAGCAUAAUGUUUCCAAAGCAUAAUGUUUCCACCUCCAUGUUUGACGGUGUGGAUGGUGUUCUUGGGGUCAUAGGCAGCAUUCCUCCUCCUCCAAACACGGCGAGUUGAGUUGAUGCCAAAGAGCUCGAUUUUGGUCUCAUCUGACCACAACACUUUCACCCUGUUCUCCUCUGAAUCAUUCAGAUGUUCAUUGGCAAACUUCUGACGGGCCUGUAUAUGUGCUUUCUUGAGCAGGGGGACCUUGCAGCUGCUGCAGGAUUUCAGUCCUUCACGGCGUAGUGUGUUACCAAUUGUUUUCUUGGUGACUAUGGUCCCAGCUGCCUUGAGAUCAUUGACAAGAUCCUCCCGUGUAGUUCUGGGCUGAUUCCUCACCGUUCUCAUGAUCAUUGCAACUCCACCAGGUGAGAUCUUGCAUGGAGCCCCAGGCCGAGGGAGAUUGACAGUUAUUUUGUGUUUCUUCCAUUUGCUAAUAAUCCCACCAACUGUUGUCACCUUCUCAACAAGCUGCUUGGCGAUGGUCUUGUAGCCCAUUCCAGCCUUGUGUAGGUCUACAAUCUUGUCCCAGACAUCCUUGGAGAGCUCUUUGGUCUUGGCCAUGGUGGAGAGUUUGGAAUCUGAUUGAUUGAUUGCUUCUGUGGACAGGUGUCUUUUAUACAGGUAAAAAGCUGAGAUUAGGAGCACUCCCUUUAAGAGUGUGCUCCUAAUCUCAGCUCGUUACCUGUAUAAAAGACACCUGGGAGCCAGAAAUCUUUCUUAUUGAGAGGGGGUCAAAUACUUAUUUCCCUCAUUAAAAUGCAAAUCAAUUUAUAACAUUUUUGACAUGCGUUUUUCUGGAUUUUUUUGUUGUUAUUCUGUCUCUCACUGUUCAAAUAAACCUACCAUUAAAAUUAUAGACUGAUAAUUUCUUUGUCAGUGGGCAAACGUACAAAAUCAGCAGGGGAGUGCUGUAUAUAUAUAUAUAUAUAUAUAUAUAUAUAUAUAUAUAUAUAUAUAUAUAUAUAUAUAUAUAUAUAUAUAUAAUAUAAUAUAAUAUAAUUAUUGUAAAAUUAACUGUGUCCAUAAGGUGUAGAUAGUAAGUAUAGACCGGAAGUAGAGGCCUGGGCAUUGUUGUUCACUAAUUUACUCCAAGUAGGGAAAGGAUGGCGGGGUUGAAAAGUAAUAAAGGGGAGUAUAUAUAUAAAAAACAUGGGGGAUUGGAAGUGAUGCAGACAAUACAUUGAUAGAAGAUACAAUCUAUCUGCAAUAUUAAGCUGAUCCACCCCCCCCCCCAAAAAUUUUUUUAAAUACAAAAUAAAAAAGGGGGUCGCUGUUACGAGAAUUUCUAUCCCAAUGUUUCAAAAAUGAACUUAUUACUCAGUCUGUAUCCCAGAGGUUGUAAAUCUCUAAUAAUCAGACCAAGCAGCCCAGCAUACAAUCAUCAGGCAUUAUUCAUGAGAACGUUCUAAAACAAAAUGGUCAUACAAUAUUUUUAUAUGCACACGUCAGAGGAAAAAUCCCACCCCUCUUUAGGCGGGCUGUAGUUUUCCACUGGAAAACUGCUCUCCUGACCAUCAGGUCACACACACACACACACACACACACAUACACACACACACAAUAUCCUGCAAGCCUUUCACUCCCCUUUCCUUGUGUGUUUUGGGAUUAGUCAUACAUUAUUAGUUUAGAUGAGGGUGUGACAUUGUAGUCAUAUCUCACUCACACAUUCCUUUAUCAGUCGCUUGCAAGCCGAAGAACACCAUCUCAUACGUGAAGCACGGGUGUGGCAGCAUCAUGCUGUGGGGGUGCUUUGCUGCAGGAGGGACUGGUGCACUUCACAAAAUAGAUGGCAUCAUGAGGAAGGACAAUUAUGUGGAUAUAUUGAAGCAACAUCUCAAAACAUCAGUCAGGAAGUUAAAGCUUGGUCGCAAAUGGGUCUUCCAAAUAGACAACGACCCCAAGCAUACUUCCAAAGUUGUGGCAAAAUGGCUUAAGAACAACAAAGUCAAGGUAUUGGAGUGGCCAUCGCAAAGCCCUGACCUCAAUCCUAUAGAACAUUUGUGGGCAGAACUGAAAAAGCGUGUGUGAGCUAGGAGGCCUACAAACCUGACUCAGUUACACCAGCUCUGUCAGGAGGAAUGGGCCAAAAUUCACCCAACUUAUUGUGGGAAGCUUGUGGAAGGCUACCCAAAAACGUUUGACCCAAGUUAAACAAUUUAAAGGCAAUGCUACCAAAUACUAAUUGAGUGUAUGUAAACUUCUGACCCACUGGGAAUGUGAUGAAAUAAAUACAAGCUGAAAUAAAUCAUUCUCUCUUCUGACGUUUCACAUUCUUAAAAUCAAGUGGUGAUCCUAACUGACCUAAGACAGGGAAUUUUUACUAGGAUUAAAUAUCAGGAUUGAUGAAAAACUGAGUUUAAAUGUAUUUGGCUAAGGUGUAUGUAAACUUCCGACUUCAACUGUAUAUAUGAAUACAUGUUGAUUGUAAAUCACUUUGGAUCAAAACGUCUGCUAAAUGACUGUGUAUUAUAUCUAAUGUGUAUUAUAUAAAAUGCAGAACUGUUCGGUCACUGCCUAUUUUUACUCCUCAGAGGGCAUAAUACUAUGGCUGGGAAUUGCCAGGGACUUCACGAUACGAUAUUAUCACGAUACUUAGGUGCCGAUAUGAUAUGUAUUGUGAUUUUCACUAUUCUAUAUGUAUUGUGAUUCUCACUAUUCUAUAUGUAUUGUGAUUCUCACUAUUCUAUAUGUAUUGUGAUUCUCACUAUUCUAUAUGUAUUGUGAUUCAAUACUGUGAUUUUAUUGCGAUUCGAUGUUCCUAACAUACAGUAUUGCUCACCAUAUGUCUGCUGCAGAAAUAUCCCGAUAUGUAGCUGUAUCGAUCCCCCCCUUCCCCAUCACUACAGAAUACGUGUCCCUUUGAAGCUUGUAGGUGCUCUUAGACUCUCUGUUUUCACUGUGUACCCAUUAUCCCUCGCUUCAACAAACAAAAGGUGCCAUUUGCCAUCUGUUUGUUUGGGGGAAUGUCAGUCAGGAAACAAUGUAUUAAAGCCUUGCCAAAGGCUGAGGAUCAAUGUCUCCUGUGAUUUAGCUCAAGGAGAUAUUAAACUGUUAGACUGUGAUAUUUGUUGGCCCAUGUUCCCCUCACACUCUCUCUCUUUCUUGUUUUUAUUUUGUUCUCUAUUCCACCGCCCUAUACCCACCCCCCUAUACCCACCCCCCUAUACCCACCCCCCUAUACCCACCGCCCUAUACCCACCCCCCUAUACCCACCCCCCUAUACCCACCGCCCUAUACCCACCGCCCUAUACCCACCGCCCUAUACCCACCGCCCUAUACCCACCCCCCUAUAUCCACCGCCCUAUACCCACCGCCCUACCUGACAUCUCCUUUUCUGCCUCUUUCUCCCUUUCUACCUCUAUUCCCUCCUCCUCCUCUCUCCAUCCCAUGUCUAACCAUCAGCAAACUCAGAUCCCAGACUACGCUGAGCUGAUUGUGAAGUUCCUGGAGGCCUUGAUUGACCGCUACCUGCCUGGUACAGAGGAGGAGAGGAGCGAGGAGCAGCUCCGUACCCCCACCUCCCCCUACCCCCCUGUCACCCAGAGCCAGCUCAGCAUCACCGCUAACCUCAACCUCUCCAACUCCAUGACCUCCCUGGCCACCUCGCAGCACUCCCCAGGUUAGCAUAGUAUACACGCGUGGACACAAUCUUUAUUGAUCCACCCUGGGAGUAGCACAUGGUCAACUGCAGACCAGUGCCCCUAGAGCACACACAGACACACACACCCCAUUUAUACAUACAGGCCGACACACAAAUACACCACUAACAUCCUACUUAUGAUACAGGUUGAGUCCUACCGAUGUAAGGUGUUGUGUUAAGUAUCUAGAGGCAAGCGAAGUGUCUGUGGGUGCUGUUGCUGUGGGUUAUUUCUAGGUCUACCGCUUGCAUUCUCUGUGUCGAAUCUGUCACUUGUGCUGAUAUCUCUUCUCACAAUAUGAUGAUGCUGCUGUGCACUAAAGAUAUCACAUGUUGCAAGAUGUCAGAAAAGCACUGCAAGAUUUUAACUAUUGCCAAAAACAACUAAAUGACUUGGACAAAUGCUGAAAUAUAGUGUUUGAAAUAUGCAGGGGGAGGAAAGGCAGGGGUACCUAGUUAACACCAUCAAACAUCUCAGACAUUUUGUUUCUAUGUUGCAUGUGUCUACUGUCUGUCGUGCUUUCUUUCUUGCUCUCAGCAAUGAACUCUAAUCCCCUCGCUCUCUUUCUGGGUCUGGUCUGUGUGUAACAUCCCCAUCAUGCUCUACUCGCUGUGGUGUGGUGGUGUAGUCUAUAGACGGUCCCCAACUCUGUCCCAUCCCAAGCCGUCGGACGAGACGACGCCAACGAAAACAUCUGGUACAAAUCACAACCAUAGAGCCUCCCUGGGCCGCUAACGCUAGCCCCAGCCCGAGCCUAUAGUUUGCAUACUGUGGUAACUCUCAUCACUUGACCAUUUCUGUCUGCUGUUCUCACUAUGCUAGCUGCUAGCUUUUAGAAUCACCUAGCUAAUACCAGUGUUUUUGUUAUUACUUCUAGAAUAAAUUGAUUGUAUUAUUAGUGCUAUGUAUCAGUACUAUAUUGCUGAAGUAGAUGUAAUAUAUUGUUAGCCUUUCCACAGAAAAAUAUACAUUUCAUUCUUAGUAGCCUUUCAUACAGUUAUUCAUGCCAUUAAAACACCACCAGGUAUUGUCUUUGCGUUACUCUGUUUCUGGUUUCUUUUCAACUGUCUGUAUCUGAAAACCAUUUAAUCUGAAAACCACCUCAUUGAAGUGUCUUAAUUCCUUCAUGUCAAUGCUAAAGAUCCAUCUUGCCGUCUGUUGUUAAUUUUUUCAUUCAGUGUAUUUGACUCAUUCUCUUCCUGUUUUUGUUCUGUUACCCUUGUUUUAAUGUGUUUCUCAACUUUCUCCUCAGUUGCUGUGGUCAUUCAUUCUUGUUUCUCUCCCUCUGUCUCUUUCUUUCUCUCUCUCUGUAAAGCCUCUCUGCCUUUCUCUAAGUCAGCUGUUUUUGCGCCACACCUCCUCCUCCCAGGUACUCUUCCUCUUUGACCUUGUGACCCCAAAGGUCAAGCAACCUCAUCCCCCUCAGUAAAAAACACCAAAAUAACUAAUCCAAUGUGAAAGUGAGUGUGAGAAACCCACUAACUGUAUCCAGUGCCAGAAUAGCAACUUAAAAUCUGCCACCCACUGCCACACAAAGAGUAAUCAGUUAGUAAUAUUGUUGUUUGUGCUGGUGUAGUUGUAAGAAACUAAUAAGGGGCUGGGGGCAGAAUCCCUAUUCAAUAAUAAAAGGCUGUUUUAGAGGGUAACUUGUGCUCUCUGUCUGACAAUGUAGUGGAGCCUGGAGAUGUUGAGUUCAUUCAGGGUGAGAAUAUGCCUUUAGUUUUAUACCAAAGCUAUGGCACAGCGCCAUCUGCUGUUCAACAGUGGUAUUGAAUCUGAGUCACUGAGAAUGACUCUCUCCCCUCCCUUCUCGUCUUCCCUCUCUAUUCUCUUCUUCCCUCUGUCCAGGCGUGGAUAAGGAGAAUGUGCAGCUCUCCCCCAGCGCGGCGCUCUCCACCAGUGGACGGAUCCGCCAUGGCUCUGCUAGUCAGGUGCAGAAACAGCGCAGCGCGGGCAGCUUCAAAAGGCCUAGCAUCAAGAAGAUA